AUGGGAUUCGAUGGGAUCCGGUGGGAUCCGAACGAAUAUCUACGUAGUAGUGGUCCUAUCAUUCAUCAAUCACCUUUCAAUCAAGAAGCAAUUCGAUUAUAUCCGUCUCUUACUGUAUUAUUAAACAAAAAACUAUGUAAAGUCAAACCUAUCAAUCCACUUUAUUCUCCAACAUUGAUACGUAUUUUUUAUCGAUGGUGGGCAUAUCUACCUUUAUGGACUGGCUUAUUGUGCAAUUUUAAAGAAAGAUACGCUAAGAACAUCCAAAAGAUCACAUCUACAACAUUUAACCAUAUUCGUCAUUCCAAUGCUCUAAUUGAAAGUUAUUUUCGAACAAUGGAAAAGAGCAUCUUUCAAGAGCAAGUUUAUAGUCGUCCAUAUUUAGCCAUUAAUGAUCUGUAUCCAUGUAUUAACACUCAAUUCAAAGCCAAUGACGAAUCAGAAGAUUCAACAACAGCUUCAUCCAAUAAGCAAUCAUCAUCAUCAUCUCGCUCUAGAAAUACUGACAACGAUACUUCUUCAAGCUCUUCUUUGUCGGAAAGAAAGAACUCGGUAUCAUCUUCACUCAAUGCAGAUUCACCAGUAAGUAAUAAUUUUGCCACUGAUAUCGUGAUGAAUUUAGAUACACCAGUGGGUGAUGAAAACGGACAAAAUGACAUUUCUUGUGAGGGUGAAUUCGGCAGUGAUAGUAAUUCUUCGAUGGCAAGUACGGUAUAUCCUAGCGUAAAUUCAACAAAUCUGCCAACCCAACAUUAUUUAUCGCAAACUUCCCCUCUGAAAGAUACAUUUCAUCCAGAAACAACAGUAUUUGGUGAAACGUUGAGAUGGUCUAAGUUUCAAACAAAAAAUGCUUUAUUCGAAGGACGCCGAUACACUCUUACAUUCACAUGCCCUAUAGAUACAGCCCUAUUUGCUUUAUAUUUUAUAUAUCGAGUAAACGAUUUUGUCUGUGAAGAAAUGAACGAUGCACUUGGAACAUCACCGUAUGCAACACUAGUCAAAACUUUUCGUAUUGUGGAUAAAGAUGGAUGGGAUGCUGCUCGUAUAAGUUGGUUAUUACAUUUUAAUCUCUUGAAAACAUCUGAUCGAACGAAAUCUUUGUUUGGCUCAGUUGAUGAAAUCGUUUUUUGUUUUCUUAAAAAUACUCAGCGUCAUUCUACUACAAUUACAUGUACUAAUCCUCAUUGCACACAAAGAAAACGCGUUAUUUCAUCAACAGAGAUUGGACUUUGA